AUGAGCGUGCUAUGGGUCAAAUAUGUCAAGAAAGCGCGUGUUAAGAAUCAUAAAAUGACUGAAAUUGUCAGGGGAUCUUCAUGGAACGUAGCUGGAUGUUUAGACGGUUGCGGCGUAUAUGCAUUCGACAUGGUUGAACUAGAUAGCUUCCGACAAUAUUAG